UUCUUCUUAUUGUACCGUUUUCGAAGCGAAUGACUUGGUACGGUACCGUGUUUGAUGCUUAUAUAGAGACGCUCGCGUGAUGUUGGACUUAGCCAUCGGCUGACUUGCUUCGCCACAGCGUAGGGACAUAAUAGGAUCGCCGUCCUUCCUCCCUUUGUCGUUCUUGAGCAUCAUCACCAUCUUCUUCCUCCUCUUCUUCUUCUUCUUCUGCUGCUGCUUCUUCUGCUUCUGAUUCUUCAGCUAUGGAACACCUGAUGGGUCUUCUCAGGAUUCACGUCCACAGAGGCGUCAACCUCGCCGUCCGCGACGUCAAGAGCAGCGAUCCUUAUAUUAUCGUCAAGCUCGGCAAGCAGAAGUUAAAGACUCGGGUGGUGAGGAAGAACACGAACCCGGAAUGGAACGAGGAUCUUACGUUGACCGUCGCCGAUCCGAGCCUUCCCGUUAAACUGUUUGUCUACGACAAGGACAGGUUGAGCUUCGACGACAAGAUGGGGGACGCGGAGUUCGAGAUCGGGCCCUUGGUGGAGGCGCUCCGGAUGCGCCUGGACGGGCUCCCGAGCGGGACCAUCAUCACCCGGGUCCAGCCCACCCGGCAGAACUGCCUCGCCGACGAGAGCCGCGUCGUCUGGGCUGACGGCAAGGUCGUGCAGGAGAUGGUCCUGAGGCUCCGCAACGUCGAGAGCGGCGAGAUCGAGCUGCGGCUGGAGUGGAUCGACAUCCCCGGAUCGAGAGGGCUGUGAAAUCAUCUCGCCGUCGCGGCCCCGUUUCGAUCUCGCCCUCGCCUGUGAUGUGUUUGCGCUGUUCAGUGUACAUCCAGCAGGGAAAGGACCCAGCCGAAUAAAGUGUGUCAAUGGUGCUUGGUAGGAGAGACAGAGAGCAACGUGUACAUUGAACACUUUGAAUUUGGACCGCUUGACUUUUGUGUAGAAACCAGUUUAAUUUCGGGUCACCAA